CAUGCCAGGCUGCUAGAAAAGUCCGGGCGAAGGACUCUUACCACGAAGGCGGGAGAUGAGUGCACCGGAAGCCAUGGAUGGAGUCCGAGCCACAGUCCUGGAUGCUGCGACCACCCCACCAACACUGACGAGCCUCUUGCACGACGACCCUCCCUCGACACCCCGCCCUGCAUCACCGUGUAACCACUACUUUUAACCCGGCAAAUCACCUCUUCUUCUGCAGGCGAAUUACCCCUGCUGUAGAAUGAACUUUCCCGACUGCGUCUCGACCGGUAGCAUAGGUUGUGGUCAAGAGGGUCGCAAAGCAGGUGAGCAAGGGGUGAGGCCUCCCGGGAACACAGCUUAAAGUCACAGGAGGAAAGAGGAAGUGGGGAAAUGGCCGAUGCGGCGGACGGCGACAGUGGCGAAGAGGAAUUCUUAGACUGCAGUGGAGUAUCUCCGGCAUGCCUCUUCCACAGAGAGGAGUGCAGUCUUUUUGCAAUUUCCGGAGGGAAUGUGGUCAUAGAAGAUUUAGAAGAAUUAGAUAUAAAUUCAGAACCAAAGGCCAGAGAUGAAAUUCUAUCAAGUGCCUUAGCAGAAGAUGAAGCAGCCACAUCAGGAAGCUUAAGUCACAGCCAUUCUCCCCAACAGACAGACACAAGCACCGCAUGUGAUUCUGUAGUGACUGAACCUUCUUCCUCUUCUUCCCCUUCCCCUUUGUCACCGAAAGUAUGUCACAUAGAUCAUCUACCGAAUGAGAUACUAUUAGAAAUAUUUUCUUACUUUACCGUGGUCGAAUUAUUUGCCAUUAUCUCUCCAGUUUGUACAAGAUGGAGGAGAUUAGGUCAAGAUCCAACACUCAGGAAGAAACUGGUUUUCUCCUUCCAACGACCAGUUGCAGGCGACAGGAUCUGUGAGCUGCUGGCCGGGUCUCCGCACCUGCUUUCCCUGGAGCUGCAGAGCCGUGAAGAUGGCGGAGACCUACUUCGUCAGGCAGCUACUUCUUGUAAGAAGCUCCGGGAAAUCACAACAAAAUUUUGUGAUGGACUGAAUGAGGACAUUCUUAGGGCUUUGGUGGAGAACUGUCCGGAUGUCAGGCAUUUUAAUGCAGAAGGCUCUCGAAUCAGUUGCAGCGAAUGUUAUUUUGCAAUUGCAGAGUUUCAUAACCUAAGGCACUUGAAUUUGUCACACUGUCAGUUCUUGGAUAACUUGGGCCUUGUUGCAAUAGCUAAACAGUGUCGCCAGUUAGAAUACUUAAACAUAGACGGCAUUACAAAAAUUUAUGACUAUUCCGUAGUAUGUCUAACACAGGAAGUUGGUCCCUCUUUAAAGUUUUUGUUCUUGGACGGAGAAAAUCUGACCGAUGCUUCGUACACUUCCCUGGCAGCUUGUAAACACCUCAAAAUGCUCGGAGUUUCAUUCUGCGAGCAAAUGACAGAUGUUGGGCUGUCUGGCAUUACUGGACUCUGCGAACUGACGUGGAUGAAGCUUCGCAAGGGCGUCCACCUGACUUCAAAAGGCUUACAAAGUUUCUUCAGCAGCGGCCACCUGUCAAACCUGACUCACUUGAACUUAGGCGAAUGCAGCUCAAUGAACGAUGAUGUCUUAUUUGCAGUAGCGGAGAAGUGUCCACGUCUCACGAAUGUUGUCCUGCAUUGGUGUUGGGAUAUAACUGAUGUGGGCAUGACUGCCUUAGUAUCCAAUUGCUCACGGCUGCGAGUGCUAGAUUUAGUGGGCCUGGUUCAACUCACUGGUACUUCCUUCAUUAACGUUCAAACUGCACUGCCAGAUCUGCUCAUUCUGGAUUUGGAACAGUGCAAUACUAUCAAUGACACCAUCCUACAGCGUAUCGUAGAAGAACAGCCUUCACUAACAGUUUUUGAUUACUGGGGCGAUCCAGUAAUGCCUCCAAACCCAAAAGACUCGGAAAGCUCAGAAAAUGUAGGUUGACUGCCUUGGCUUUCAUCGCGCUUUUUGAAUGGAUUUCAGUUAACAAUAACUGCCAAUGGAGUCUUUUCAUUCCCAGACUGGGAAAACUGAACAUAUCUUGGAAAAUUGGGGAUAAUUGGGAUGUUUUCUAGUAAUCGUAAUAAUAUGCUUAAUUGUUUUGUAAGUAUUUCAUUAGUAAUUAAAUAUUCAUAUUCACUGUCAGAGAAAAUGUAAAUCAUGAAUUGGAUGUAAUGUUUUCAUUUCAUGAUAUUGUAUUGCUUAUUAUUGCUGAAAACAUAGUCAUAAUACAAUGUAAACAUAAUCCUACAACCAGGAAUACUGUUUUCACUGUAUGGCAUUGUAGUUUCUUCUUGUUAAACACCUUUCGGAAGACAUACCAUAAGCAUGCAUAAAUGCUAUUUUAAUUAUGUAUUUUUAAUGAUCAAUCUAUGAUUAAAUGCAAAUAUCAAGAUA